AUGACUUCUACUUCUAGUUUGUCUAAAAAUUCUUCUAAAAGAAAACGUAAUGUAAUUAAUGGAACUUCUGAUAAAAUUACGUCUCUUAAAUCAUUAUAUGAAAAAAGGGAUUCAAUUAUUCGAUUAUUUCUUUAUAGUAAAGGAAAUUCUUUAACUUAUGAUAUAGUAAAAGGCACACUAGAAAGCAUGUGUUCAGAAAAAGAGAUUUACCUUAGAACAAUGGAUCGCCAAAUAUCUAUUUAUGAACAAGAUUCUAAUAAAAAAGCAAAUGUAGACAAGAUGGUAAAAAAGUAUAGAAGAAGUGCAGCAGAUCAAGAAAAACCUCUACCUUAUGAAUUAAGAACAGAUAAAUGUUUAGUUAUGACAUUAAAUUAUUUAUUCAAUAAUAUAAAGCCUGAAAAAGAUUGUACAACAAAAACAUUGGCAAAAUGGUACGAUUUUAUGUGGGACCGUACAAGAUCCAUACGUAAAGAUCUUAUGCAACAGGAUAUUGUUAACGAAAAUUCAUUGUAUAUAUAUGAAGUUUGUGCUCGUUUUCAUAUUUUUAUUGCUUUUCAUUUACAUCACCUUUCUGUGGAUGAAUUUGAUCCAAAGCUAAAUUAUGAACAAUUAAAACAAUGUCUUACUUCUAUAUUUUUAUGUUACAAACAGAUGGAAAUUGAAGGUAUUAAGUGUGAAAAUGAAAAAGAAUUUCGAUGUUAUGAACUAAUUAUAAACUUUAAUAACAAAAACAUAUUAUCAAAAAUUCGCAGUUUUAGGGAGGAUAUUUAUCACUCAACAGAGUAUCAAAAAGUUAUAAAAUUAACCCAACAAUACAAUUAUCAAAAUUACGCAAAAUUUUUUGAAAUUAUAAAAGAAAUUGAAAAUCCAUUAAUUUUAUGUCUUUGUAAGCAAUAUUUCUUUGACGUGAGAUAUAAUGCAAUUAAUGUUAUUAAAAUUGCAUACAAUAGAACAAAAAUUCCGGUGGACUAUUUAGCAGACAUCCUUUAUAUUGAAGAUAAAGAAGAUUUGGUGACUUUAGGAAUUCAAUGUGGUUUGGAGAUUGUGGAAAAUGAUAAAAAUUUAUUCCUAGUUAAGAAUGAUAUUGUAAAUAAAUGUAAAUUUGUUAAUAUUAAAGAUAAUUGGAUAAAUAAGAAAUUAAAUAGUCAACUAAAAAAUAUAGUAAAAUUGUCAGAAUCAAAUAAUUUAACAUUUUCCAAUAAACCCCCAAUGUCUUUUGAUAAUGCUAACAGAUACGUAGAUGAUCCAAUUUUUUAUUUUUAUACAAAUAAUUGUUAG